UUAAAAAAUGUGAAUAUUGGGUUGAAAUUUUGAUCUGUCAUUUAUUUCUGUCAAUUAAUAUUACAGAUUAAUUAGAAAGUCAACAAUGGAUCAGAAAUGAGUCAACAUCGCGAGCCACGAUUGCGUCGAUCAGCCCAUGAACGAGUGAUAACGACGGAUCACGUAAACAUUACGUGACUGAAGCACGCAGUUAUCUUAUGGAAUUUGUAUUUGCGAGAUAUCCUGAGAAAACUAUCAACGACGUCAACGGUGCAUCUGGCUAUUCACGACCCAGACGUUUCGAGGAAAGCGAUGGGGUGGAUAUGCGGCGUCCAUCCGAUACCGUUACGUUUGCCUAUACGCCUGUGAGCGUGCGACAGAUGCAAAUGGUGAGCGCAUUCAUCCGUCGCCGGGACCGGCGAUCACGGGAAAAAUCGCAAAUAACGGGUUGCGGCCGUUUCACGGGCACCAUAGAAAUGUGGGUUAUGCAGCCAAAAGAGCAAAAAUUUGUAUACAUAAGAAAGGAGGCGGUGCGGUGAAUUGAACGCGGGGGUGCCUUUAUAAGAAUGACAAGCUUCGACUGGAGCCUAGAAUGGACGACUAAAUUUGGCGUGAUCGCAAGACAUCGACAUAAUGAGACGUCGCCGUCGUCGUAUUGAGAAUAACUGUAUUCCUUCGCUGAGGAUUUUUAUUUAUCAUUUUCUUAUUUGUCUAUCAAUCCUCUUUUUUUAACAUUAAUGAGAAUCGCGGAUAAAAGAUCAACGAUAUAUAGAUGUGUUAAAACCAUUAACUUUAUAAUACGAAACUGCGAUUGUUUCUCGCAACGAGAGAGAUAUGUGAAUAUGUGCUAUCAAUUUAAAACUUUUAUUGAUUUUUGUUCGGUUCAAUUUACUGUUUAUUAUUAAUGUUGGAAACUGUCUCUUAAGUAGUUAUUCUUGUUGAUCUAAUUAGUAUUAGAUAGAAUAUGUUUCAAAAUGCGAGAAUUUUUUAUUUUUUAUCUAAUUCAUUUUUUCUUAAUUGUGAUCUGUGAUUUACUUCUCUCUUAAUAUAUUCUGAAAUAUUCUGACAUUGACGUGUUGUAAAAGGGAUCAAUUUCUGAUGUGACGAUUUACGAUCCAUAAAAUGCAAAAGAAGUAUGAAAAAUAGAUCCUAUGAAAAAUGGACUUGAUAUUACGAAACAAAACUAUUUUUUCACGAAAAACUAUAAUGAAAUUACGUUUUCAUAGCUCCCUUGGGAAAAAGUUUCAAAAUUUCUUUUGAAAGUUUCCUUUGAGCACUGCCGACCCUAUUUGUCAAGUUUGAUAAUUUUUGCGUAAAAUACACAAAGUUAAUCCGUCAGGUCAUCAAUCACGUUGACAAGCAGAAAUCCUUUUGGUCAUAAAUCAUGUUAGUUUCAGAAUAAUAAGAAUCUUCAUCUUGUACUUUAUAUCAUUUUGCAACAUUAUUUUUGCGUACUACAUGUGCUAAUUCUAUGUAAAUUUUUAUAAUGUUAUUUUAAACAAUAUUUACAUAUGCACAUGACAAACAAAAACAUGAGAA